UGCACUGUGUGCCAAAAGAAGGCAACAAAUAUGCGAAGGCAUAUGAGAACUCAUACUGGUGAGAAGCCUUACAGUUGUUCAAUAUGCAAGAGAAGUUUCUCUCGACUACACCAUGUGGAAGAACAUAUGAAAACUCAUACUCGUAAGAAGCCGUACAGUUGUCCGACAUGCGAUAAAAGUUUCUCUCAAUCAUCCAAUAUGAAGGUCCAUAUGAGAACUCAUGACGGUAAGAAGCCGUACGGUUGUCUCAGAUGCACCAAAAGCUUUUCUCAUUUAUCAGCUAUGAAAAAUCAUAUGAAAACUCAUACCAAUGAGAAGCCGCACAGUUGUCGGGAAUGCAAGGAAAGUUUCAGACUAAAACAACAUUUGAAAAAGCAUAUGGCUACUCAUAACAAAAAUAGGCCUCUCUACAACUGUACUUUUUGCGGUAAAGAUUUCCUAACUAAAUGGUAUUUGAAAAUACACGAGAAGAAUCAUGAAAGAAGCUGAAGGGCACAUUUUAAACUGAAAUUCGCGUUGUUUCGUUGAUUAUAAAUUAUAUUUCUG